AUGCGUUUCUACUUAUCUCGCCGACUUCCCUCUUUCAUAGUUAGCUCCAUUUCGCCGACUGCCAUCUCCGCUCACCGGUUUGAAAGAAUACCAACAACUUCUACGCGUGAAGAUAUGCAUAAUCUGUUUGUGACAAUGGCAGAUAGAAACAUCACUUUGAUUAAAGACUUGGACAAUAUGAAGGAUGAUUACACACUAAAAGUGUCUAUCAUCCGGCUAUGGAGAUCACUUUCAGAUGUUAACCCCAUUAUUUUCAAAUCAAUCGAGAUGAUAUUGAUGGAUGAGAUGUGUACUAAAAUCCGAGCAAGUGUCUAUCCAAGAGAUUUUCAAAGGUUUGAAUCGAAACUGAAAGAAGAUCAAGCUGUUUACAUCCGAUCCCCCACUAUCCCUCCUAACAGAUACAGUUUUAAAAUAAGUGAUGUAACCUCCAAGUUAAACUUGAAUGGAAGAACAACUGUGAAUGAGUGUCUACACAUUCAAUCAAAAACAACAUACGGGUUUUCUUGUGUUUCGUUUGAAAGAAUUAUCUCUGCAACAACUACAUCUAAUGACUCGAUUGGAAAUCUUGAUUCCCGUGAUGUCAGCAAAUCUCGACAUAGGCUACCUUUACAAAUCAGAAACUUAGAAGGUUUGCAGGUUAACGUGACGUUGUUUGGAGAUAUUGCAUACCAAUUGAUUUCUUAUCUUGAAGCUCAUAAACAAGUUGGUCGUGUGAUUGUUCUUUUGCAGUUUGCAAAAAUUAAUGUCUAUAACGGACUACCUUCCGUUAACAGUUAUUUUGAACACACACGGAUGUUCAUAAAUGUUGAUCUUCCUGAUAUUGUUACCUUCUUGGUUGGAUUACUAGGACUUCAAAACCCUUCUUCUUCUUUGACUGUUGAUAGCUCUCAAUCAUAUUCUGAAUAUGAUGACUUUUUGAAUAAUCACAAUGUUAAAAAUGUUGUCGAUUUGCUAGAACCACAAGAGGAAGGGAAAUUCAUCAUUGUUGGGACAUUUAUGGUAUUCGACAAGAUAUUGAUUGGUACUAUGAUGCGUGUACAAAUUGUGGAAAGAAAGUUGAUGCAAGGAAUGUGUUCAGCGGUACAGAAAGUGGUGAUGCAAGUAUGGUUUAUGAAUGCUAUACUGAUAAGUGUAUAA